AUGUCGGCGGGUGCCCUUCCCGCGGCUCGCCUGGCGCUGGGCAAACCAGCCAGCGGCCCGCGCCCCGGGAGGGCUCAGGGGGCGGAGGCUCGGGGACGGCCCGCCCGGGUCCGCCUCCAGCCCUCCCGGGAGGGAGACCGGGGAGGAGUCCGGCAACAGGUGCCAAAAGGGGCCGCCUCCCCGAGUCCGGCCGGCGCCCCGCAGACAGCGCGCGUGCGCAGGAGGAGAGGCGAGCUCGGGCCCCGGCGCGGCCGCCGCCGUCUGACUCGCUGCGCCCGCGAGCUGCAGCGCGCGCAUGGUGCCGGUGCGGCUCGGGUGUUGAUCCGCCCGUCCCCUCCGCUCCCCUCCCCCUUCUCCUCCGGCCGGCAGAGCCAUGUCUCGGGGCGGCUCCUGCCCACACCUGUUGUGGGACGUGAGGAAAAGGUCUCUCGGGUUGGAGGACCCGUCCCGGCUGCGGAGCCGCUACCUGGGCUAAUACAAUCUAUCUGUUGGAAUGACACUGGAGAAUAUAUUUUAUCUGGCUCAGAUGACACCAAAUUAGCAAUUAGUAAUCCUUAUAGCAGAAAGAUCAUGACUGUUCCAAAUGACCCUUACACUUUUCUGUCUUGUGGUGAAGACGGGACUGUCCGGUGGUUUGAUACCCGUAUCAAGACCAGCUGCACCAAGGAAGACUGCAAAGAUGUAAGAAUUCAACUUUUGUACAGUAUGAUGCAGAAUAAACUAAGAUUAUAUUUGGAUUGUGAAUUAUUUCUUAGUGAUGAAAUUAUGAAUUAAUAUUUUAAAAUUUAUUUUGAAGGCCUGGCAUGAUAGCAUAGUAGUUAAAGUCCUCACCUUGAAUGCACCAGGAUCCCA